UCCUUUAAAGCACGGUCUAUAAGUAAUGAGGUGCAUGAAAUAUGGCGAAGAUUAAAAAUCAUCCCACGUAAUUUUUCUCUCUUGCCGAGUACUCUACAUCAUCCGGUGACGGUGAAACGGUCGAAAACACCUCGCAUGUUUCAUGACAAUCGGUAUACUUUCGAGGGGAACCUCUGAGUCUGUAAAGUUCGUCACCAAUUUUUUCACAGGAAGACAUUAUUCUGCAGUAGUUCAAACGUCACAUGCGGAACCAUGCAAGCUUUGCUAAGAACCUCACAAGGUUUCUUAGCAAGCUGCCCUGAAAACUGGAAUUGACCACAGAAAUCCUAUGGGAAUUUCAACGCUUUCAAACAGAACCAUAAAACUCAACAAAAGUGACGAAGAGAACAGUGGGAAACCAACAACAACGACAACUACAACAACAACAACAACAACAACAACAACUACAACAACAACAACAACAACAACAACAACCAUGCCAACAGUUAAACCUCAAAAAAUUACCACUCCACAGCCACACAAGGCAUAUCCUGAAGGAAUACCAUGGUGGGCAGUAUUUGCCGUUGGUCUGAUAGGACUCCUAGUUGUUGCCAUUUGCUGCUACUGUGUGUGCUAUCGCCGAUGUUGCAGGGGAAAGAAGAAGGAAGAAAAGAAAGCUGUCAAGGAAAAGGUUGACCUGAAAGCCGUGCAAAUGCUGGCGGCAAGCUAUCAGGAAAAAGUUCAACCAUCUGUAGAUGAGUUAGAUUACAACAGUGAUGAAUUCCAGUCUGAUGGUAGUUCUGGAGUUAAAAUAGGUCGGGUUCACUUUACCCUUGACUAUAGCUUCAACGAAAAUUCUCUUGCGGUUGGAGUUAUAGAAGCACAGGAUGUCCCAGCUAAAGAUUUCAGUGGAACUUCUGAUCCAUAUGCGAGAGUAAUGUUAUUACCAGACAGAAAAAAGAAAUUUGAUACAAAGGUUCAUCGGAAGACUCUAAAUCCAGUGUUCAAGGAAACAUUUGUAUUCAAGAACAUUCCUUACAGUGACAUUACAAAUAGAACUCUCUGUAUAGAGCUGUAUGACUUUGACCGCUUCUCUAGACAUGAUAUCAUUGGAGAAGCCAAGCUUCCUCUUAUUGAUGUAGAUUUAGCUUCCAAUAUUGAUGAGUGGCGAGCUCUGAUACCACCCUCAUCAUCAGGAGGACUUACAGGGGGUUCCAAGUCAGAGUUAGGUCAGCUUUGUUUCUCACUGCGGUAUGUUCCUGCUGCUGGUAAACUUCAAGUGGUCAUAUUAGAAGCUAAAGAUCUUAAAAGCAUGGAUGUCUCAGGAUAUUCAGGUACCACAACAACAACAACAACAACAACAACCAUGCCAACAGUUAAACCUCAAAAAAUUACCACUCCACAGCCACACAAGGCAUAUCCUGAAGGAAUACCAUGGUGGGCAGUAUUUGCCGUUGGUCUGAUAGGACUCCUAAUUGUUGCCAUUUGCUGCUACUGUGUGUGCUAUCGCCGAUGUUGCAGGGGAAAGAAGAAGGAAGAAAAGAAAGCUGUCAAGGAAAAGGUUGACCUGAAAGCCGUGCAAAUGCUGGCGGCAAGCUAUCAGGAAAAAGUUCAACCAUCUGUAGAUGAGUUAGAUUACAACAGUGAUGAAUUCCAGUCUGAUGGUAGUUCUGGAGUUAAAAUAGGUCGGGUUCACUUUACCCUUGACUAUAGCUUCAACGAAAAUUCUCUUGCGGUUGGAGUUAUAGAAGCACAGGAUGUCCCAGCUAAAGAUUUCAGUGGAACUUCUGAUCCAUAUGCGAGAGUAAUGUUAUUACCAGACAGAAAAAAGAAAUUUGAUACAAAGGUUCAUCGGAAGACUCUAAAUCCAGUGUUCAAGGAAACAUUUGUAUUCAAGAACAUUCCUUACAGUGACAUUACAAAUAGAACUCUCUGUAUAGAGCUGUAUGACUUUGACCGCUUCUCUAGACAUGAUAUCAUUGGAGAAGCCAAGCUUCCUCUUAUUGAUGUAGAUUUAGCUUCCAAUAUUGAUGAGUGGCGAGCUCUGAUACCACCCUCAUCAUCAGGAGGACUUACAGGGGGUUCCAAGUCAGAGUUAGGUCAGCUUUGUUUCUCACUGCGGUAUGUUCCUGCUGCUGGUAAACUUCAAGUGGUCAUAUUAGAAGCUAAAGAUCUUAAAAGCAUGGAUGUCUCAGGAUAUUCAGAUCCCUAUGUCAAAAUAGCUCUAAUACAAGAGGGAAGAAAACUUAAAAAGAAGAAGACAACUGUAAAGAAAAGGACACUUAAUCCUUACUACAAUGAGAACUUUACUUUUCAAGUUCCCUUUGAGAACAUAGAGCAAACUUCUUUGAUAAUCUCUGUGUUGGACUAUGAUCGUGUUGGACGCAGUGAGGUGAUUGGUAAAUGUGUUGUGGGUGAGUUGUCAUCUGGUCCCGAUCAACAACACUGGAUGGAUAUGCUUGCAUCACCACGGAGAGCAAUCGCACAGUGGCACACUUUACACAACUAGAGCUUUUUAUAACAAUAUAGUAAAAUAAACAGUUUUAAUACUUAAUUUAAAGUUAAAGCCAUGUAUUACAAGCUAAACGCUCAAAGCACAAAGAAGUGUUUUCUAAUUUUCUAGUGUUCUCAAACUGAGACGGUACCAAAAGUAUGCAGUAUAAUACAUGAUGUCAUAAAUGGUUUUCGCUUCUUUACAUGCAUGAUAAGAAUAUCCACAUAUAGGGUAAUAAAACAUGGUUUUCUGUGGUUUGUACUCUGACAAACCUUUUCUAGCCAGAAUCUAAACUGUAUCAUGUUAGUCACCAUUCAUUUCAUAUUAAAUAUAAAAUGUAUAGCAACAGUUUAAGCUAAUAUUUGUUAACAGAUAUAGGCAUAGUGUUAUUUUUUAGGUUUUCUAGCAUUAAUAAGGGCCACAAGUGGUCAUCGCUUCCUCAAAUAAAGGUCAGUCAAUAAGAAAAGAAAAAUAUGCUAGCAUGUAAGUCAGGUUGUUUGGUAAAGAAAAGUCAUGUUUUUCUCUUCUCGUUUGGUGAUCCAUGAAGGAAAGGCAGGGCUUUCCCUAGUUUUAAGGAGGCAGAAAAUGGGAAAGAGGUGAUCAUAUUGCCAAAAUAAUAAUAUAAUACAAGUAGUGUUAAUAAUAUAUUAAUAAAUAUCAUGUAAACUUUUUAAUACUUUUCUGCAUCAGUGGUUUAAACUGCAGUGUUGUUGUGUUGUGUUUGUUCUUUUGAGUUUCUGAAAAAGCUCAAACAAACCUUUCCCAGUCACACACUAUAUUUCUGAUCUUAAACUGCAUAAUUCUUUGAAGGACAAAAUGAUAAAAUGAUUUAGGAUAUAGUUGGCCCUGAGAAACAAAAUUGUUUACAAAUCGCGUAAUGAUAACUCCUGGCAGACUGGGUUUCUAAGAUGACCUGAGGAUAUCUGCUGAGUUUACAAUAAAGCUGUACUUUUUUAUCUGUGCAUGUACAAUAAUAUUGUUUAUCAACAGUUCAUAUUACAUGAAAAGUUAAUAUAAGUUGUUCUUGGGUUUGAAGAGAAUUGAUUUAGAGUUAGUUUAAACACAAAAAGAAAACUUCCAUCUUCCAGGAAACAUACUUAUAUUAUUACAAAUAAAUCUAUAAUACUAAAUCACCCAUAAAGCAAUCCUAUUAUUAAUUGCCAGUAUAUAAAUAAAUGAGAGUCCUGAACAAUUACCAUUUUCAGUCCACUCCUUGACCAGUAACAGCUUGUAACCAUGCCCAUCCAAGUUGAAAAAAAUGGGGGAGAUUUGCCUGGUCCAGGAGAGCCCAAACCAAGAUAUUUCAUAGUUGUGUUCACUGAGAUCAUAUGUAUACGUCAGGCUACAGCCGCCAUAUUCAAAGUACAGGAUAUGAUCUUAACAAACACACUGAAAAAGAUGGUAUUGAAAAAAGUCUAGCUUUUUAGUGGUAUUUUUUAGAUAAUUUGAGUUUAAAAGAGAACAUGUUUUGGGCAUUUGUUUACAAUAAACAUUUGAUGAUGUCAAGAGA